UCAUGCACUUGGUUUAAGCCCUGGUUUUGUUCAAGCAGGAGCUGAUCAUGAAGACUGUGAAAGGCUUCUGCGUCCUCUUCAUGCUGCAUCUGUGUUUCUUCGACUCUGGAAGGGCUGGGAAAGUACUUGUAUGGCCCAUGGAUUUUAGUCAUUGGAUUAAUUUAAAAGUUAUUCUGGAAGAACUCAAUCUCCAUGGGCAUGAAAUAACCAUCCUCGUACCUUCACCUAGCCUUGUGAUUGAUCAUACCAAGAUUCCCUGUAAUGUAGAGAUCCUUCAACUUUCAGUAACUAAAGAAACUCUCAUGGAAGAGCUCAAUACCUUUCUCUAUACAACUACUGUUGAACUGCCGAAACUUUCAUGGUGGGACAUGCAAGUAAAACUGACAGAAAUGAACCAGGAGGUUUUAAGGACAUUCAGAAGAGUAUGUGACAGUGCUAUCACAAAUAAGGAGUUACUCAGCAGGCUACAGGCAGCUAACUUUGAUAUCUGCAUUGCUGAUCCUUUAAGCUUUUGUGGGGAGUUGUUGGCUGAGCUUCUCAAUAUCCCAUUUAUAUACACUUUUCGGUUUUCCAAUGGGAAUGUCAUUGAGAGACUGUGUGGUGGGCUUCCCAUCCCUUCUUCUUAUGUUCCUGGCAGCACAUCAGGACUGACUGACCACAUGACUUUUGUACAGAGGCUGGAGAGUUGGUUAUUGUAUGUAAUGACUGAUAUGAUAUAUCUAUAUUAUCUACUUCCAGAAUGGGAUGAGUACUAUAGCAUGGUCUUAGGAAAACCUACCACAUUAUGUGAGACUAUGGGGAGAGCUGAUAUGUGGUUGAUUCGAACCUCCUGGGAUUUUGAAUUUCCUUACCCUUAUUUACCUAAUUUUGAAUUUGUUGGAGGACUACACUGCAAGCCUGCAAAGCCCCUACCUAAGGAGUUAGAAGAGUUUGUCCAGAGCUCUGGAGAAGAGGGAGUUGUGGUCUUUACUCUGGGGUCAAUGAUCCAAAACCUCACAGAAGAAAAGUCUAACAUGAUUGCAUCAGCCCUUGCCCAGAUUCCACAGAAGGUUCUGUGGAGAUACACAGGAACAAAACCAGAUACAUUAGGACCCAAUACACGGCUAUAUGAAUGGAUUCCACAGAAUGAUCUUCUUGGUCAUCCCAAAACCAGAGCUUUUAUCACUCACUGUGGAACCAAUGGGAUCUAUGAAGCUAUUUACCAUGGGGUCCCUGUGGUGGGAAUUCCCAUAUUUGGUGAUCAGUUUGGUAAUAUUGCUCGUAUGAAGGCCAAAGGGGCAGGUGUUGAAGUAGACUUGCAUACAAUGAAGAGUUCGGAUCUGCUUACCGCUAUGAAGGCCGUCAUUAACAACCCUUCCUAUAAAGAGAAUGCUAUGAAGUUAUCAAGAAUUCACCGUGAUCAGCCUAUGAAGCCCCUGGACCGAGCAGUCUUCUGGAUUGAGUUUGUGAUGCGCCACAAAGGAGCCGAACACCUGCGGCCACCCUCCCACAAUCUCACCUGGUACCAGUACCAUUCUUUGGAUGUGAUUGGGUUCUUGCUAGCAUGUGUGGCAACUGUUAUGUUUCUGGUCACAAAAUGUUGCCUGUUUUGUUGCUGGAAGUUUGGUAAGACAGGAAAGAAGAAAAAGAGAGACUAGUUUUCUUUGACUUUGGCUGGAAAUCUUGAUCAGGCCCAUCAUAAUUAAUCCAGCCACUGAUUUGAAGAGAAUCUUCUCCUACUCUUCCAAGUUCUUGUCUGUUCCUCAGCUUAUCAAGUCAGAGAUUAAAGACUCUUCCAAGGAGUUGGCCACAUGAUUUAGAAUUAAGGUUUUAAGUAAUGUAAUUUUUAAA